AUGCAAAAGAAACGAGUCCGUGUAAAUAAUAUAUUGGAUAAAUUGCAUCGCGGUGUAGUUUAUACCUGUAUCGGUGUUACACUCUAUGGAACAUUUCUACUAGGAAUGCGUGUGCAUCGAUACCUUACUGUUGUACGGCCCCAGAGGCAGGCGGAGCAACUAAAGAUGAUUGAAGAGGAAGGCCUUGAUAAAGCUAAAACCAUAACAACAUAGAAUUAUCUUUAAAUAAGUUUAUAAAAUGCUAAUAGUUGUAUUUGUUAAAUAAAUGUUGUAAAGAGUUA